UUUUCCCAGUGGGGAGAUUAAGAACUGAGUGGUGUUUAUAGUGAGGGCUGAGUUGUGUGGUCUUCCUUGGCUCCUGUGCUAAAAGAGAAUGUCCAAGGCUGUGUAUUCAGGAUCUGUGUGUAGAGUCUGACUGGAUGUGAUUGCAGGACCAUGUGCACUAUGCAAAUAGAUGCUGUAAUUUUCCUGAUCUAUAUUUGUUUAAUGGGUGCUUCUGGGAAGUCAGUCCACCAGAGAGGUUAUAAACCUGAGGCCUAUAAACAAAGCAGGUCUCGGAGAGAACUAGAAAUGGUAAAUGGAGGAGCUCACAAGUCUGGCAGUCCAAUUUUCAGAAGAAGUCCAGAUCUAACAAAAUCUCCUGUGACAAAAUCAGAACAAUUACUAAGAAUAGAAGACCAUGACUUUACAAUGAGGCCAGCAUUUGGAGGACCUCCUAUACCAGUAGGGGUAGAUGUUCAGGUUGAGAGUCUUGACACCAUCUCUGAGGUUGAUAUGGACUUCACUAUGACUCUUUAUCUGAGACAUUAUUGGAAAGAUGAGCGCCUUUCCUUUCCAAGCACUAACAACCAGAGCAUGACCUUCGACAGCAGGCUGGUAAAGAAGAUUUGGGUCCCAGACAUGUUCUUUGUUCACUCGAAAAGAUCUUUCAUCCAUGACACUACAACAGACAACGUGAUGCUGCGGGUUUAUCCAGAUGGAAAUGUGCUCUACAGUUUACGAGUAACAGUCACUGCCAUGUGCAACAUGGACCUCAGUCGUUUCCCCCUGGACACACAAACCUGCUCACUCGAGAUAGAAAGCUAUGCAUACACUGAUGAUGACCUCAUGCUGUACUGGAAGAAAGGGAACGAGUCUUUGAACACAGAUGACAAGAUCUCACUGUCCCAGUUUCUCAUCCAAAAGUUUCACACAACUACAAAGCUGGCUUUCUACAGCAGCACGGGCUGGUAUAAUAGGCUGUACAUCCACUUCACCCUCCGGCGUCACAUCUUUUUCUUUCUGCUGCAGACGUAUUUCCCUGCCACGCUUAUGGUCAUGUUGUCCUGGGUGUCAUUCUGGAUUGAUCGCAGGGCUGUUCCUGCUAGAGUACCUUUAGGUAUUACUACGGUUCUUACAAUGUCAACCAUCAUCACCGGCGUCAAUGCCUCUAUGCCACGUGUGUCCUACAUCAAAGCAGUGGACAUCUACCUGUGGGUCAGCUUUGUGUUCGUGUUUCUCUCUGUUAUUGAGUAUGCGGCUGUCAACUACCUGACCACCGUGCAGGAGCGCACAGAGAGGAAGCUCCGAGAGCAAUUACCCUGCACAUGUGGUAUAGAGCACCCAGAUGAGAACAUGAUGGUGACUACCGCCUAUAGUGACGUGGACCAAAGCACAACAGGAAACUAUGGGAUGCCAGAGAACGUAGUGAGACAGGAGAGGAUCUUUGCUCAGUUCACGUUAGCAGACAAUCAGACCACCAGUCAGGUGAGGAGCUUGAGGAGCUACGUCAACAUCUGGAUAGACACUCAUGCCAUAGACAAGUACUCACGGGUCAUUUUUCCUGGUGCAUACACCCUCUUCAAUAUCAUUUACUGGUCCAUUUAUUCCUAACACAACACUCGGCUACAGGACUGGAAUGGUUGGAACUUUUUAAAGGCUGGGAUAGACUUUGAAGAACAUGGAGCAAAUCAGAAGAUAUCACUAUAUGCAUUUGUACUUUUUUGUUUCCAAAAUGCAAAAGGGCAAUUUUGAAAUCUUUUAAAUAAUUGUUUUAUUUGUUUAUAGUGUUUUUUCCCCCAUUGUACUUAAAUAAAAGAAAGUGUUCCCCUUCAGAACCACUGCUGUAGAUUACAGAACAUCAAAAGACAAUGGGUCUGGGUUUUAAAGACAAUACACCCAUGUAGAACUCACGCUCCUUGUCCUUAAUUCCGUAUUUCUCCUACAAUUGUUUUGAAUGCUUUAAAUUUUUAAUCCACUGCAUCUUAAGUUUAUCCUCUAAUUCAAACACUACACUACUAUGAUACAAAGGCUAUGGCUUUAUGGGUUAUUCUGAUUGCCAGUGUGUUCCAAAACAGAAAGAAACCCUGAAGACAGAUACCUGAAAUAAGGCCAUGAUGUUGUAGUUGAUGCAUGUUAUUUUAUAACCACAUCAGCAUUAUUUAGUGUUGGAGCUGUAAAACUUA